CGCCAUGCCGGUGGACAUCAACCGCCUAACCGACGGGUGGCUGGAGCUGGAGAGUGACCCCGGUCUGUUCACGCUGCUCCUGGAGGACUUUGGUGUGAAGGGCGUGCAGGUGGAAGAGAUCUACGAUCUGCAGAAAAACCUGGAGGGCCAAGUGUACGGUUUCAUCUUUCUGUUCCGCUGGAUCGAGGAGCGGCGGGCGCGGCGCAAGAUUGUCGAAACGACCGACAUCUACGUGAAGGACGAGGACGCGGUGAACAACAUUUUCUUCGCCCAGCAGGUGGUUCCGAACAGUUGCGCGACCCACGCGCUGCUCUCGGUGCUGCUGAACUGUUCCGACAUCGACCUCGGGACCACCGUCAGCCGGCUGAAGGUGCACACGAAGGGUAUGGGGCCGGAGAACAAGGGUUGGGCGAUCGGCAACACGCCGGAGCUGGCCUGUGCGCACAACUCGCACGCGAUGCCGCAGGCACGGCGCCGGAUGGACCGCACCUCGGGCGUCAGCACCGGGCGCUUCACGGGCGAAGCGUUCCACUUCGUGUCGUUCGUGCCGAUCGAUGGCCAUCUGUUCGAGCUCGACGGACUGAAACCGUUCCCGAUGGACCACGGACCGUGGGGCGAGCGGGAAGCGUGGACGGACAAGUUCCGGCGCGUCAUGUCCGACCGGCUGGGCAUCACGACCGGCGAGCAGGACAUUCGCUUCAACCUGAUGGCGGUCGUACCGGACCGGCGGAUUGCCAUCACCCACAAGCUGAAGAUGCUCCGCACGAACCAAACGAUCGUAUCGGCCGCGCUGGAGAAGCUGCUGAAAUCGGAAAAGCGUGAGUCCGCCGGCGGGGCCACCUCAUCGGCGGCGGUGAAGAAAGAACCGGUGGCCGAGACGGUGUUGGUUAAGAAGGAACCGGGAUCGCCCGUAAAGCUCUCGUCGGAGUACUCGGAGCUGCUGGCCAUUAAGGAGGAGAAACCGACGGUGGCCGACGAUGACGAAUCGGCACAGCAGCAGCACCCGACGCCUUCCUCGUCGUCCUCGGUGCCGAUCUCGCGGGACCUGGAAUCGUUCGUGUCGCUCAACAAUUCGUCCGACUCGGUGGAGAUUGUAGAAGAGGGAAGCGCGAUCAAGCAGGAACCGGACCCGCAUGACCCAUCGCCACCGUCACCGCCACCAUCGUUCAUCGGGGCGGGCACAUUCUCGCCGAAGGACCUGCUGUCGCUGCUGAAGAACCUCGAGUCGGAGAUUACCAUCACCGAGCAGCAUCUGUGCGACGAGAACGAGAAGCGUGACCGGUUCAAGCUGGACGACUGCCGGCGGACCCACAACUACGACGAGUUUAUCUGCACCUUCCUGUCCAUGCUGGCCCACCAGGGCGUGCUGGCCGAGCUCGUGUCGCAGGAUCUCAUCACGAGCCGCAAACCGAACGUGGGCGGCAUGCAAGCCAGCGCCAGCCGAGCCAUCUCCCGUAGCUACAAAAAGGCCGCCGCCACCACCAACGGAACGUCGGGUCCGAAGACGCCCGGCGCGAAACGACGGCGCGGUCGGGCCAAGUGCCGCAAACGGAAGUGAAGACUGUCCUCUUUCACCCACACACAAACACGUUUUGAUACUCUUAAG